AUGCCUUUAUCGUUUUUGCCUUACGAAGAUGACACGCAAAUGCGACAAAAGGAAGCCCAAGAAGAAGAAGAAGAAGAAGUAGAUUUAUUACGACUUAUUUAUCAUUUGUUGUCUAACCAACUCGAAGAAACAUCAACAAUAAUUGAUACACUGAACCUACUAUCUCGUGGGAGAUGCUCAAAUAAUAGCCUCUACUCAAUAGAGUUCCAUCAUCUACUAUGUAUUGUUGCGUCGUGCAACCAACAGUUGAUAUCGAGGUUGACCCCGUUAACUAUACAAAUUAUUGUGGACGCUAUACAUACAAUAGAUUCAGGGUAUAUCGCUGGAAUAGUGAAGACAAUAGCUCUGCAGUUAUCUGACGUAGUUACCCAGCUGCCGCCAGAUUUUGGUAAAGAAUUAAUAGUUUUGUUGUGCAACCUUCCUGGCCACUUAGAUGGUGAGCCACGGACGGUGCCUCCGAAUAGCUACGAACAGCGGCUACAAGAGAUUAAUCAACUCAGAUUACCAGCUCGGUUAGCCAUUUAUGAUGUAUACACAACCAAAGAAUUGCGCGAAAUGCCGGUCACCCAGUUCGAUUACCUUAUACAGUACACUCUACAAUUGGUUGACAAUGAGGUUUUAUCGCCCGAUUGGAUAUACGAGAAUCCCGAUGUUGUUCGCUCUGUAUUUGAAUAUGAGGAUCUACCCUGUCAAGACUCUUAUACUCUACUCCGGCUUCAGCGCGAGCGAUCACCCAAUAUGCGUCGGCAAAAGCCAGACGGAGAGAAUUUCCUUGGCCGAUGGGCUCGCAUAGACAACCCCCAACCGUAUGUAUCUUCAAGGCUACUUAAAGCCUAUAUGGACAGUAAUACGAAAAUACACGAAAAUACACGUUCAGCCACGUUCAACCAGCAAAACGACAGUCGGCACGAAUCGCUACCGAUGAUAUCGGCGACAGCAAGCUUCCAUUUCAACCCAGCAUCUCAAAGCUUUUUUGAUAUAGUCGUCAAGCAUGAUUUUGCGAAUGUAAUCAUGUGCAUUAUAAGCCAACGCGAUAUGCUUGUAAAGGCAGAAGAGCCUCUUGAGAGCAAUCAGAUGAAAGCUCUACGCCUUUACAUUGGACCGCUGAUGGGCAAUAAGGACAUCGGUUACAGCGAUGUUCGAAUAUUUGAUGGCGAUUUUGGCGAUAAUCUGCUUCGAAUUAGGGUGAACCCGCGUCUUAUUCCUGAAUUUUUCCCGGAGCUCUCGCAAGACGCUUCGUAA